AUGGAAAGAAGAUUGCCUCUUCUCUCUCUACUCCUUUGUUUCUCCAUUCUCCCAUUCUCACACUCACAGGUGGCGAACAUCACUAAACCAGGGUUCUCAGGUAAAUGUGGCAACCUGAGUGUCCCAUACCCGUUCGGUAUCGGAUCCGGAUCAGGUUGCUCAAUCGGCCCUUGGUACGAUAUCAUCUGUGACACCACCCUGAAUCCACCUAAAGCUUUCUUGCCAAGUCCUCUCUUUACUUUCUCUGGAGAUUUUAGCUCCAGUGGCAAGGCUAGCCUGGUUGAGGUGGUUGAUAUAUCCGGGGACCAUGUAAGAAUCAAGAACAUAAUCAGCACUGUCUGCUUUGAUGAAUCGGGUGCGUUCAGUCAAGCCAAUUUGGUGGCAACUUGUUUCACUCUCUCUGAACUCAAUAAGUUGUUUGUGAUCGGCUGUGAUGACUUCAUGAUCACUUCUCCGGUGAGUGGAAUUGACCAACAGAAUUUCAGUAGCGGAUGUGCUUCCGUUUGUUCAAGGGCUCAGGAUGUCAUUGCUGGAUCAUGUACAGGUAUCGGGUGUUGUGAAACGAGUUUGCCAAAGGGUCUUACAACAUAUUUAAGUGUCGCAAACAGCUUCAACCAACACAUUAAUAUCUCGUCUUUCUCCAAAUGUGGGUACGGUUUCCUUGGAGAGCAAAAUGCUUUUAAGUUUAGGGGUGUUUCAGAUCUAUCGGACCCAAGUUCCAUCAAAAGAACGCUAGAGAGUGUUCAGGUGGUGCUUGAUUGGGUUAUAGGAAGUAGGAGUUGUGAUGAGUAUAGAGAUACAAGCAAUUAUUAUUGUCAAAGCAAUAGCUUUUGUGUUGAUUCUGAGAGUGGAAAUGGAGGUUACAGGUGCACCUGCAACAACGGGUAUCAAGGAAACCCUUAUCUUUCACCUGGUUGUCAAGAUAUCGAUGAGUGUGCUGACCCUAACAACAAUCCUUGUAAUGGGAUUUGUAGUAAUUUUCCUGGACAUUUUAAUUGUUCAUGCCCAGAUGGAUACGUAGGAGAUGGAAGAAAGGAUGGGAGAGGUUGCACCCUUAGAAAUUCAAAAUCUCCAGUGCUCAGGAUAUCACUUGGAACGGGAUUUGGGUUCCUAUCUGUACUCGUUGGAAUAACAUGGCUCUAUUUCAGCCAUAAGAGAAGAAAGGUUGUCAGACUCAGAGAAAAGUUCUUUACGCAAAAUGGUGGCUUGUUGCUGGAACAACAAAAUGAUUCAAAUGAGGGUAGUGGUGUUAACCAAUCAACAAGAAUAUUCACAACCGAAGAGUUGCAGAAAGCCACAAAAAACUUUUCUAAACGUAGAAUCCUUGGUCGUGGUGGAUUUGGAACAGUAUACAAAGGCAUCUUACUUGACAAAAGUGUUGUUGCUAUAAAGAAAUCACGAGUAAUGGAUGAGGACCAAAUCGCGCAAUUCAUCAAUGAAGUUGUCAUUCUAACUCAAAUCAAUCAUCGGAAUGUGGUAAAACUCUUAGGUUGUUGUUUAGAUAGUGAAGUUCCACUACUAGUCUAUGAAUGUGUUUCAAAUGGAACCCUUUUCGAUCAUAUCCAUGCCAAGAAUGGAAUUUGUUUGUUAUCUUGGGACAAUCGUUUAAGGAUAGCCAUCGAGUCAGCUCGUGCACUUGCUUAUCUGCAUUUAGAAGCUUCUAAGCCUAUCAUUCAUAGAGAUGUGAAGUCUGCAAACAUAUUAUUAGAUGAAAAUCUUGCAGCCAAAAUUUCUGAGUUCGGCGCUUCAAGACUGAUACCCUUGAAUAAAACAGAAGUGACUACAUUAGUUCAAGGCACAUUAGGAUAUCUAGAUCCAGAAUACUUUCACACAAGUCAACUAACAGAUAAGAGUGAUGUUUAUAGCUUUGGGGUCGUACUUUUGGAGCUCUUAACCGGCAAGAAACCCAUUUGCAACGAAAGAAGUCCAGAAGAACUCAAUCUAGCAACAUAUUUUUUGGCUUCGAUGAAGAAAAAUCGGUUGCUACAUGUUUUAGAUGAGCAGGUGCUAAGAGAAGCAAAUCACGAGCAACUCCAGGCUAUUGCUCUUCUGGUAAAGAGAUGCCUUAGCAUGCAUGGUUCAGAUAGGCCAAAAAUGAAGGAAGUUGCAGUGGAAUUGGCCGGUUUAAAGGAUUUUAGGCAACAUCCAUGGGCUAAUCAAAGUGCCAAUGAAGAUAGUUUGAGCUUGAUCAACAAAAGUGAACAACUAGAUCUCUAUGACAUCCCUGCUAGCUCUUCUAAAAAAACUCACCCGUGGAUUUGGCUAGACGCUGAUCAUGUGGUUGAGUAUAUGAGGAAAACAGGGAGAAUGUCUUUCUACAAGUGUUUUUCAUCAGUCACCAAGGAAUUCUUGGUUGUACCUGAAAUCUUUUGCAAGACAUGGUUAUCAUCUGCUGUUGAUAAUAACAAUGCUGUCAUAAGGUGUGUGAAUGAUACCACUUGGUUGGUUAAUUUUGUCGGACAUAAUGGUCGUUUUGCUUUCAUGGAAGGCUGGGAAAAAGUUGUUGCUGAUCUUUCUUUAUCCGAAGGAACAGUGCUUAUUGAGUCUUUCUACCAUUUUGUUAAUGAAAAUACAGUUGGACGUUUGCUUCUACCCACCGAUUUUGUGAAGAACACUAUUGGUGUUUCUAAGCUGAAAGGAGCGAUGAAGGUUUAUAUCAAUGCGUGGAAUUGGUUUGAUGUUUUUAUUGAAAAGAAUCGUAUUAGCAGUUGUUAUUUCUUUGGUGAUGGAUGGAAGAAGGUCGUAGGUGUUCUAGGUUUUGAUGAAAAAUGUGUUGUUGCUAUAAGAUACCUUUUUUACUUCAACUUUCAUUUGACUCUCUUUGAUGUAAAUCAAUGUGAAGUUUUGGUACCUAAAGCUGCAAUGGAAAACACGGCUGGUGGUGUUGAUAAGCCUCUAGGUCAGACAUCUAAUGCUACUCCUAUAGUAGUUGAGUUACCUGAUAAACAACCAGCCUUUGAUGAUGAAUGUGAUUCACUGGACAAGGAUAGUGAUUAUCAUGACUCAGGUGAUGGUUCUUCUAGCACUGACAUUUCUGUGGAUGAUGUUUCUGAUGAUGAGGAGGAUGAAGAUAGUGGUGGUUCUUCUGAUGAUGACAAAAAUGAUCAUGAUUAUCAUCCAAUACAGUUUGUAUGGAAAUUUGAUCGCCGCUUUCGCCUUAACGCAAUAGUUGCCGUGAUGUCGCCUAUUGACAUGUUGUUGAAGUUGACCAUUCAGAAUCUGUAUGGAGUAGACACUGUCAUUGAUUUCCGACCUGAGAAGCAUGGUCAAGGCUUCAGAUAUGCCGCAAGUCAAUGGCGAAAAAAGUUCCUCAUUCCGAACGAUAUCAAGGCACCGCAAAAAUGCACAUUCGUUUACGAACCUGAUGUUGGCAAGUUGAUUCUGAAGAAGGUGUCCAUAUAG